UUUUCUUCAGUUGUGUCCGCUUCUUCUGUUAAGAACAGCGCUGCGCGAGAGUCUCAUUAGCGCCACCUGCUGAUCCGGCCUCGUCAAACACGGAAGUAAAUGGCGCCUAAAAUCCGGAUUACAGCAUGACUGCUUAUCGAACAUGCCUAAUUUGUAUAUUUUAGUAGCUCUGUUUUACUUUAUUCACUAUGGAAGCUCACAAGAAGGAGACUGCUUUUCACCAAAAUGGUUGGAUUCAGUGCUAAUGUCAAUGAAGAUUGCAAAAACAGGAUUCCACAGAGAUCUCCAGUAUGGUGUUCAAUAUGGCAAAUCACAUCAUAACGUAAAAGCUUUACUAGUCCAAAAACUGCCAAGUGGUGUCUACAUGGAUGAAUAUCAGCUAGCGACUCUGAGACAGGACACCGGCUUAGAGGUUCUCCUGGAUUCAAAGGUUGAUUUGGAAGCUCCGGAAUAUUUGUCCUCAGGUUUUACCGCACACAUUUUUCUUGCUCCAUCAUCCGAGUUGUCUAGAAGACUUGAGGCGACGGUUCCCGUUCAUGGUCGCUAUCACAGACCCUCCAAUUCCAGCCAUAGAUGGGUGAAAGUGGAGAUCGGGUCACCCAAGCUGUUGCUUAGAUCUGAUCGAUGCAAGACUCCACCUCCCAGUUUAUAUUAUAAAGUGGUCGACGCCCCCUGUACAUUCAGUAACCUGAGCAUGUGCUUAUGGCUGGAGAUCCAGGGUUUGAAGGAAACGGGACCAGUGAGUUUGGAGAUUCCAGUUGGAGAUUCUUCUCUGACCAUCACAGUUUGUGUCGUCACUGUAUUAGUCACUCUGCUGAGCUGUAUUUACCUUCUCAGAACGAUCUGGAAGCACGGCACAUUUUAACUGGGACAAAAAGACAAAGUAGAUGAAUGUUAAGGAUUUGCAGAGGGUUAUAGAGUGAUGGACACAAAACUCAGGGGGUUGGGGAGGGGAGGGGAGGGGGCCAUUGUGCCCACCCUGAACUUCUGAUGCCCCCUGACCAAUGCAAUCAAGGGGGAUCAACCCAAGAGAAAUUAUUAAGGAGCAGUCCCCAUCCAACAAAGACAUAAACAGUUGCCCACCUACAGAUCAAAAUGCUCCCCCAAACAAAAAGAUUUUAGAUAAGUUUAGAUGUUAAUUUGGAUGUUAUGUUCUGUUUUUUUAAUAAGCUUUGAGAUGUGUUCAGGACAACUGUAAAUGACCACGUCAACUUGAUUAAUUAUGGUAAAUUUCACCAUAAUUACACCACCAAUCAGUGUGUGAUCCAGAAUUUUCCUAUAUAUAUAUAUAUAUAUAUAUAUAUAUAUAUAAGUAUAUGUAAUGGGAGCCAGCUGGCCUUUAGCCUCCUUGUUAGAGCACCCACCUCCCAUGUCGGAGACAUUGGUUCGAGUCCCGUACGGAGAGGGUAGAACAAGAGCGUCACAUAUAUAAAAUAUGUUAACAUCUCAGAGUUUGGGUCGAGGAGCAAUGAGUGAACGGGCUAGUUAUCUUUAUCAAAAGGGCAGCGUUGUGUAAGGCUGACCUGCUAAAUGCUGUUUAGCUGUUUUUUAAGCUGGAAAUUUUUAAAAUAAAGAGACAAUAAAGUUUUUAAA